GUCAAAUUUAGAAUGCAGGCUGGGGUCGAUAUCACAUAGAAAUGACGCACGCUGAAGAACGGGCAAGAAAUUGCAGGAUGCCAUUCAACGUUCUCUGAAGAAUUUUCUGCAGCAAGACAAGGUAGGAGAUGGGCGGCACAUUUCUUACCCCCGUGAUUGUAAGCUGGCGUUAAGAAGAUGAGGGGAGCACUCAGUUCCCACCAGGAAGCAUGUCCUCCUCACACGCACACUAGCUUAAGUUGCUCAACACCUCAUUUAUGACAUCUGGAGUUGUUCUCCGCUUCUGUUAUUUUGCUCGUACCUUACAUCAAUAGCCGAAACCCAGAGCUAUGGUUCUUAUUGUUCCGCUCCAGAAUCUGAAUGCGCUGGCAUGGACCCUAUUCAGUAUCUCGACUGUGCUCACGUCCGGCCGUUUCUACAUUAGAUGGCAAAAAGGAAAGAGUUUGCAUCUGGAUGACAUCUUUAAUGCAUUGGCUCUUGGAUCCUUACUCGCUUUUGCCAUCACAUAUCAGGUUUAUCUUCCUAUCCAAUACAACUACCAACUAUACGCGCUUGGUCUUGGAGGCUACCUUCCCGAUGACGAUCAGUUGAUGUAUGCACAAAACGUGGGCAUCGUCAACAUUGUUUUCUUUUGGGUGACAAUAUACCUCGUGAAAGCAUCUUUCUUAGCGCUCUACUGGGCUCUAUUCUCGGUAUCCACUGCCUUUCGGAAAUGGUGGCUAGCAGUCGCAAUUUACACGGUGAUUUCAUUUCUCGCGACUUUUCUCGCCAUCUUUUGGUCAUGCAAUACUCCCAGCCAACUAGAAGAUCUCGAGGCAUGCAAUACCAUAUCUGAGGAGCUCAUCAUUGGCCUCGAAACGUUAUGGUGUGUUCUGAACACCGUGGGAGAUAUUAUGACGAUGUUAUUACCUCUGGGAAUGCUACGCGCGAUGCACAUGCCCACAUCUCGAAAACUGGGUGUGGCAGCCAUCGCCGGCCUAGUGGUUAUCGACAUACUUUUCGACGUCCUCCGAACCAUAUACACCGUCGGAAGCUACACGAGCUCAUUCCCCAACGCCAAUGCAGUGUGGGCUCUUUGCGAACCUACCAUUGCCGUGAUGGUAUGCGCACUUCCCCCCUACCGAACAUUACUUUUCCGAAAAAAGAUCGAACCGUCGACUUCAUAUCAGGGAAUGCAUGGAACGAGGAGCACGAGGAAAACCAAAUCUCGCAAUACUUCAACGCCCCAUGAAAUGGACGAUAUGAGUGCGUAUAGUCUGGCUUCGACGCGAUCUGUGUUGGGUCACCACGCGGAUGUGCAUGCUGUUUGAUUGAAGUCCAGAUGCACACUUGUAGAAUAUAAAUACUUAUCUCAUAUUUUUAGAAACACGUGUUUGUGACUCGGGCAAUGGUGGCUCAUGAGUAUUGAAACACGAAAUUGUGAAUUAACUUAUUUGAGAGAAAACAUGUCUGAAUCCUCCGUUCCAUGGAAUCUAAUUAUAUUUAUCUAUUACCCA